GUGCGAGAGGUCCCGGGUUCAAAUCCCGGACGAGCCCAAGCCCGUAUUUUUUUUUCUUUCUUAUAUUCAAUAAUUAUAACGUAGUUUUUUUUUCUUUGUUUAAAUCGUUGAAUGAUACGGAUAAAACGAUAUUAGUAUUGUUUGAUAACAUGGCGCAGGUUUGGAAUCCAUCAAAGAAACACAGCGAAUUUGCAAGAUGGGUGUGCAUUUAUCCCGUGUAUAUAAAUAGUAAGAAGACUUUGGCCGGUGGUAGAAAAUUGACUAAAGAGAAAUGUGUUGAGAACCCUACCGCACAUGAAAUUCUGGAUGUACUUCUAGCUACAGGUUUUAAUGCUCGUUUGGAAAAUAAGUUACAUCCACGUGAACGUAGUAAAGAAAUGCCAUAUUAUGGACGUGUACGUGUACAGUUGAAACAAGACGAUGGAACACCAGUAAGGCCUGAUUUUCCUACUAGGGAUUCCCUUUUGCUUCAUCUUGGUACUACAAUACCAAAGUUGAAGACCCGUCAAGGAAAGCAAGCUUCUGGCGAUCAAUCUUCUCAGUCAUCUGCUUCUUCAUCUAAAAAAGGAAAGGGUAAAGGCAGAAGAUAAUAAAGGGUUAAGAAAAUAUUGCUAUGUAUUAAUAAAUAUUUUUCUUAUUUAUUUAAUAACAAAUUUUGUAACAUUUCAUGUAACAUAUAAAAACAAAUUCCAGUAUAAUAUACAUUCUAUUAUAAUGUUAA